CCUGUUUGCAUUUGACAGAUGAACCACCCUGUGCGUCGGGACACCGUCUGUUUACGAUUUUGCGUCUCCGCUGCGAUCGUAGCAACCGGGAAAAUGGAUUCCUCCGCGAGCGGUGGAAAAUUGCUAGGAUUCCGGCAGAUAGCACAGGAAAAGCUUCAGCACGUGUUCUACUCCAUCCCUUCGGAAAAGGAUCUUAUCAUCGAACCGGCACUCAUUAAACCGCUGGAACAUGUUUGCGGUGCAUCGUGGUUGAGGAAAAAAGGCAUCGACAAGAUAUUCAAGUUCGACCCGAAAAAUCCACCACCAAAGCGGAAACAGUUCGUGUACUUCAUCACGUCCAAUCUGCUUACGUUCAAGAGCGUGCUGGACCAGAUCAGUGGCUACCAGAGCCAAACGAGCGGCCUGCUGGAGCCGGAUAUACGCAGCAAGCAGUACCAUGUGCUGGUGCUCCCGUCGGUGCUGGCCAGCUUCGAGCACUUGCUCGAGGAGGAAGGUCUGCACGGGAUAGUGGAGUUGUACAACUUCCACUGGGAUUUUCUGCUGCUGGACGAAUCGCUGCUUAGCCUCGAGCUGCCGAACGUGUUUGCGGACGUGUUCGUUCGGAAGGACACCACACCGCUCGGGGCGAUCGCACAGAGCGUGCGCAUUUUCAAUCUCGUCAUGGGCAAGCCCCAUCUGGUGUUUAGUUUGGGCGAGAAUGCGGAGAAAAUACUGCAAAUGGUGCAGCGCAUGGAGGCAAACAAGCCACGGACUGGGGUGGCGGCCGGCAAAGAGAACAGUAAACCGGAACCUCCGGUCGAAAAGGAGCCGGAGUAUGCGGCCAUGCUAAUACUGGACCGGGAUCGAGAUUAUCCGGCCUGCCUGCUGACGCCGGUCGUUUACUGUGGGCUGCUGCUCGAAAUACAGACACUCAACUCCGGCUCGCUGGUAGUGGACGGGGACAGCAACAAGAUCAAGUCCGGAAAGUUGGCUUUCUUGCAGCAAACGUCCCAGGAGCAGCCGCAAGCCUCCACGCACCAGGAGGCAACCAGCUUGCGCAUGAGUGGCGCCCAGGACAUGAUCUAUCUCGAGCACCGGUACCGUCACUUCUCCGAGGUGAUCAGUCUGCUCAGUUCGCAGGCCAAAACGCUCGGCCUCGAGGGGAAAGCAUACUCGCGCGAAAUGAAGCUCCACGAGAUGAAGGACUACGUCACGAACAAGCUGCCGAAGGUGGCCGCCGCCAAGAAGGAACUGUUCAAGCACCUUCGGCUGUGCGAAACGAUCGUCGAGGAGAUUGGCGCCAACUUCGAGAAGCAUCAAAUGAUCGAGGAAAGCAUGCUGACCAACACGAACCGGAAGCAGAUCAUGAACUACAUUCUGGAGCUGCUGAGCAGCGAUGCGCACAAGUACAACACGCUCCGGCUGAUCUGUCUGUACCACGUUACGAUCGGACUGACGGGCGAAGAUAUGACCAGGCUGAUGACCGGCUACCUGACCGCAUUCGGAUACCGGCAUCUUAGCGUGUUUCACAGCCUGUUCCAGGCGCGCCUCUUUCCCGACACGACGAACCUCAGCAAGACGAAGAUUCUCUCGCAAAUCUCCAUUCCCACCCUGAAGACACCGUUCCAGAUCGAGGCGAACAAACUGAAACAGCUACCGACGGACUCGAACGAUUCCGUUCCGACUGCGACCGGGGCUGGGAGCACCGAUCGGGACGGUGGUCUAGCUGGUGGUGUGUCGGCGGGUGGUGUGGCGAAAUCCUGUCCAAGUUACGUCUUUAACGGCAAUUACAUUCCACUUGUCACGCAACUAACGCACAUGAUAUUCGGUGCGGCCAGCUUCGACCAACUCAACACCCGACUGGGCCAUCUCGAACGGUUGAAGGUUUCGGGCCGAGUAUUGGAGCAAGGAACGCAUCAAGCCCACGGCGGAGCGGCACCAAAAACGAUCAAGGAAUUGUCGGCCAGCAGUCACAAGGCUGCACUGAAUCAGCUGUUCCCGUUCAAGGAGAAGACCAUGUUUAUCUUCAUCGUUGGUGGGAUUACGUACGCGGAGAUUGCUGCGUGUCACUUGCUGGAGCGGACGAUAGGGGCGAAAAUUGUGCUCUCCUCCGAUCGCAUCAUUGCCGGACACGAUCUGAUCGAGAGUGUAGUAAGCUGUUAAAUUGCUGAUGAUACCGACGAUGAAAGAAGCCCGGGAUAUUGCCCCUUGUGGCUCUUAGGGAAGCCGAUAUCCGGACGGAUACUCUCUACAGAGAUAUUAAUGCGAACUUUGAAGGAUGGAGUCUCAUAGCAUUCUACAAGCUUUUUUCUACAGGCUUGGUGAGAGGCAGAGAGAGAUUAUGUAUCAGCGGUCUGUUGGGUCUUUAUCCGAUAUUACGGAGGAUAGCAAAUUUAUUGGGCUUUCACUUGCUUUUGUGGGUUUGACGGCCUCAUACAAGAGUCAAGACAAGAGCUCAGUCCCUUAGUGCCAAUAUCGAUUCUGUUGUCACACACAUUCCCCGAUCAUAUUCUUGAUCGUAUAUCCUGCCGUAUGUAACACGAGAUAUGCGGCCAAACUAGCCAAUGCUAGCUACUAACGGUCCGAUAUACCUGUACAUAAGAGAUAACGUUAUCUUGUGAAGCCAGCGAGUGGCAGACAAGAAUUUUAGAAAUAUAUUUAUAUUUAUGUGCAUAA